UGCAGCCUGGGCCACCUGGCAGCUCCAGGUGCUGUGAGUGUGCUGCCAUGGAGACGGCCCCUGGGUUGGUGGCGAGAAGGCAAUUUCCUGAAGCUUUGCAGAUUCAGGAGAGGGAGAGCACAGAGCCUCAGCCCUCCAGAAUAGUCUGCCCGACCAUCCUAGAGCCACUGGAAGCCCAGAAUUCAGCUCAGACCAAGCACAAGGACAGAGCUUCAUGGGUGUGACUGUGCUCCUUCCUCUCUUCCAGCACAAUCCCUGGGACGCCUCCUGGUGUGUGCUCUAGGAUGGCCGAGCCACAGGGCCGUGCGCUUGAGGCUGAGUGCCCCGUCUGCUGGAACCCCUUCAACAACACGUUCCACACCCCCAAAGUGCUGGACUGCUGCCACUCUUUCUGUGUGGAAUGCCUGGCCCACCUCAGCCUGGUGACUCCUGCCCGGCGCCGCUUGCUUUGCCCACUCUGUCGCCAGCCCACCAUCCUGGCCUCAGGGCAGCUGGUCACUGACUUGCCCACAGAUACUGCCAUGCUGACCCUGCUCCACCUGGAACCCCACCACAUCAUCCUGGAAGGGCGUCAGCUCUGUCUCAAGGACCAGCCCAAGAGCCGCUACUUCCUGCGCCAGCCUCGAGUCUACACACUGGACUUUGGCCCUGAGCCUGGGAGCCAGACUGGGUCCCUCCAAGAUACGGCCCCUGCCACUGGACCCAGGCCCAUCCCCAUCCCCAGCCACUAUUCUCCGAGGGAAUGUUUGCGCAACCCUCAAUUUCGGAUCUUUGCCUACUUGAUGGCUGUCAUUCUCAGUGUCACUCUGUUGCUCAUCUUCUCCAUCUUUUGGACCAAGCAGUUCCUUUGGGGUGUGGGGUGAGUGCUGUUCAUGGACAAGCAACCAAGCUUCUCGGGAUGGGGAUGCAUACCCUCAUUUGGUGUUGUCCUCGUUUGUAGUAUUGUUCGUUUCACAAUCCAGGGUUCGGUGUUAGGCCAUGUGUUUGCUUCUGGGUACAGAGAAGGCCCCACUACAAUGAGGGGAAAAAGGAAAAAAGAAAACCAAAAGCUGAAGGGCUGGGAGACACUGAGACCUCCUGGUGUGAACCAUGGGGUCAUGGAGGACAAAGAAGUGGUUCUAUGGCUACAGAGCCACACAGCAAGUUGUGCCAAAGGGCUGGACAAUGGUAUCCAGGAACCUGCCUAACCCAAACAGCAAGUUACAUUUCUCAAUGGAGCUGCUUUGGACUCAAUUCAUGUUUUGUUGAGUUGCUCUUUUUAUUAUGUAUUGCUAAAAAUUUGGAAAAGUGAGUUUCAAUCCUGUGGGGAAAUGUCUCUACUUUCAGCUAUUUGCUACUAGGCCCAGUCUGCAUUCAUUCAUUCCACAAAAAUUGGGCAGGUGCAGAAGGGAAAGGUAAGAUAUUCAGGGAUGGCAGAUGGUCCCUAGCAGCAGAGAGGGGACAUUCAUUCAGCAGCUUCUUAUAUAAGACAACCUUUUGUCAGCAUGUAGCUCAUGUAGUGUUAGGAGCUAAGAAUCCAAGAAUGAAACAAGCCAGGGUUAGUGAAUUAAGAGAUCUGGAAUGUGGAGGAAUAGGUCUUUAUUCCUGCUGGUAGGGACAGAGGCCCUGACUAGAUGUACAGAGCAGAGCUCAGAUUCCACUCCUGCAAGUGCUGUAAUUCUGGCCUCGAGAUAAGAGGAAACUCCUGACAGAGGCAAAACCUUAGCUCCCGUCCCAGGCCACAGUAGCUAGGGGGGCCCUGGUUUUCACUUUACAUGACAGAAUCCAGGAAGCCAAGGAGGUAAAAUGUGAAUGAUUAGGCUGCUGCUUGGCAGACUGCCAUCCUCAGUGUCUAAUAUCAAUUUCUGCUUCGCUAGUUUUAACCAGGCCUAGUGGCUCAGGGCUCUCAAACAGUUCUCACAUGGCUAAAACACCAUCACAAUUAUGAAAAAAAAUUUUGAACUUUUAAAAAUUGUGUAAUAAAUUACCAUUGGGUAUAGCUCAA